CGGGAAAUCCUUUUUAAUAUAUUUCGAGAAUUUUUUUGGUUCUCGGGCUCGCCGCGGACGCGAUCCCACUCCUCCUCUCCUCGCCGGCCUGGCCUCCCGCUGCUCCCGGCGAUUCUCCCGGAAACUUUUUUUUUUCGCUCGACGCGGUGAAGUGAAGUGAAUUGCCGGUGCUAUCCGGGGAGGGAGAGAAAGAGAGAGAAGUGAACUCAGGAAAUAAGCAGCUCUAUUUUCAAGGAAAUUGUUUGAGGCAUGACUAGGACUUAAGCACACAAUGCAGAUCAUGAAGAUUGGAUAUUCCAGAGAUUGGUUUGCUUUGAACGUAACAUUACUAUUCAUCAUUCAUCAACAGAAGAUUAAAGAUGAUACACAGUUUGUGCGGCUUUAAAGAGCUGAUCUUAUUUCUACGGUGUAGCUUCUAGUCUUUACAGUUGCAUUAUCUCACACUAUGGCGUUGGGAUAUGUUCUGAGAUGAUGGAAGGCCUUACCAUAGUAAUGUUUUUCAUGAGCUUGUAUCCAAUGGCGGCCCUAAAGUAGAUGGAGAAAUUGAAAGAGAAACUAAACAACAUAUUUUGCUUGAUACAAUGGUACAACAAACCAAUCCAUCAGAAUAUAGUUUUAUGAAGGCCGGGCAACAAAAUGUAGAUAAAGCCAUCCAGAUACGGCCUGAGGAUGUUUCUUAUGACAAGGAUGUUGUGGAAAUCAAAUUGCCAGAUAUAAUGGUCUCUUCUAAUUAUGGCGUUCAGUUUGUUAAGGAUGUCUGCAUUGAUGAGGGAGUACUUGCUGAUCAGAAGGCUAUAGCAGAAAAGGUGUCACUGAACCUGAAUUCUUCAAAGGGAGAUACAAAUGGUAUUCGGAUAAAAGAAACAGCAGAUGAACCUGCAAAAUCUGUUAAUGAUUUAAAAUCGCAAAUAGUUGUCCUGCCCGAAGCAUGUGUUACUGAUGGGGAUACUGUGGAACAAAAUCAUCCUUGCAAAUUGCAUGAUCUCGAAGGCAACAGUAGUGUAGAUGGAUUGACUGUUGUAAAUGUUGAGAAAUCGACGCCCAAACAAUUAGUAAGUAAUGACAAUGCAGAAUAUUGCCAACAAAUGGGUGCAGAUGUUUCUGAGAGCAGUGAAAAUCAUGGGCCAAAUCUCAAUGGAGAACCAGUUGAUCAGGUUCCAUCAAAUGAUUCCCAUGAAACUGGAGCUAGUAUUGCAUCUGCGAUCACUAACGUCAAUGGUUUAUCAGUUGAGUCAACUGCUGAUGGCCACUCUGGGGUGGUGACUGAAGAUGGUGUUUCUGGUGUGGCACUAAAUAAGACAGAAAUCAACCAAAUUAAUCACUAUAAUCCCUUCAUCGCAUAUGGAUCAUUAGAGGACACGUGGGAACCCAAGUACUCCCUACCUACAAUUGUUGAUGAUGUUUAUUCAGUGCCCUGUCCUGUCGAAAAGACAGACAGUUUUAGUGAUAUCGUCUAUGGUGCACUGCGAGGAUUUAAUUUUCUUGAAACUGGUGAAUCCAUUGCAGAAGACAGUACAUUAGAUUCUGUUGUAGAAAAUUCAAGUAUGACUGAUGUCCAAGCAUCUGAAGAAAAAGAUGAAGCAAGAAGUGAUGACAUUUUGAGUGAUGAGAGAAAAAUUCCUGUUGAUCAGAGAAGUCCUGUUGAAAAUUCAGACAGUUUGAGUGAUCCUGUUGACAGGGCACUUAGUUCUACUGAAACAGAUGGAGCGAGAAAUGAAGACAGUAGAUUAGACUCUACUGAAGCAAGUCCAAGUAGGUCGUAUGUCCAACCUUCGGAAGAUAGAAAUGAUCAGGUGGAUAAUUUCGUUUAUGGAAUUAGAACUGAUGCAGCACAUGGGACGAGUUCAGGUACAUCUCCGUUAACUGGUAAGACAGAGCCUAUUGAUGCGAAAAGUGAGAAUGAUCCAAAAUGCGAGAUCGAUAGUGUCCAAGACGGACAUGAUUUCAACCCAAGAGAAGCAAACGAUGGCACAAAUAUAAGUGAGGACAACAAAGAUAGUAAGAGUUCCACACGGCAAACAGGACCAGUAACUGAACAAAAUGAACCUGACAGUGCAAAGAUGACAAUGCAAACAGAACCUGUAGCUCAACGGAAUGAACCUGACAGUGCAAAAGUGACCAUGCAAACAGAAUCUGUAGCUCAACCAAAUGAAGCUGACAGUGCAAAAGUAACAGCUCGAAAUGUUAUCCGCAAUCCCUUUGAGUCAAGUUUUUCUGGACCUAGCAUUAUAUCAGGUCCACUAACACCAUCAGGUCAUAUACCUUAUUCUGGAAACAUUUCUCUUCGAUCGGAUAGCAGCACAACAAGUACUCGGUCCUUCGCAUUUCCAGUGCUACAGACAGAGUGGAACAGCAGCCCUGUGAAGAUGGCGAAAGCGGACCGCAGGCGCUUGAGACGGGACCGAGGUUGGGGUUAUAGAAUCCUCUGCUGUAAAUUCUGAAUCUGCAUGCUCCCGCAUAUCUUUUCUUUUUGAGAUCAGCUCUUCGCGUCGCGCCCCUGAGCUCGUCGUGGUAGCCGUGUUAAAUUCAUUCAAAAUGUUGCUCAUUUCUCCCCUUUCCCCACCACCCCUCCUCUUGCUGCCCCCCUCCCUCCAUGUCCUGCUCUCUCUUUUUUUUACUCAUCUAUAGCAGGUUAAUGGCUUGUCUGGAUUCGGUAGUGGCUUGUAAUUUGCAUUGAGAGUGAGAAAUGAAGGUAUACUUGGUGAAAAGUAUUGUAGCUGAUGAGCAUCCCUGGAGACUGUAAAACUGAAACUGGACUGUGUUACCCUGUUCAGAAGAACACAAAUCGCCAUAGUCUGUAA